UGCAGCAGAGGAAGAAAGAUUUUGUCCUCGGUGAAACAUAGAUGUCAUAUUCUGAAGUAAAUUGUGACUAAACAGAAAAAACAAUAGACUGACAUUAACUCCUUCGUAGUGGGACACAUAUAUUGGAAGAGGAGUCUGAAGUCUGUCUGAUGCAAGGAAAGAAGAACAAAUAAGCGGCACCAUGGGAUUAAUUCAGGACACAUCCUGACUUCUCCUUACUGCCUGGACUGCUCUUCAUCAUCACUCACCUUCAUGCUGAUGGAUGCCAAAGAUCAGACACCACCAGUGGGGAUAGGACCGCUGUCCAGGUUGUCACACAUGAUGCACUUGGGGAGGGCCAGCGUUGGCCAUGCAGAGUCCAGUCUCGGGGACAUGGGCAACAGGAGCAGUGACAGCAGGUGGCCCCUGGGUGCACACAACACAAACAACUGCAACAACAAUGACGGUAAAAAAGACGAAAAGAAAAAUGACAAGAAGGAUGAGAAGAAAGAUGACAAGAAGGAUGACAAGAAGGACGACAAGAAGGAUGACAAGAAGGACGACAAGAAGGAAGACAAGAAGGACGAUAAGAAAGAUGACAAAAAGGAUGACAAGAAAGACGACAAGAAAGAUGACAAGAAGGAUGAUAAAAAGAAGGAAGAACCAAAGGAGGUGUGGAUCAUGGACCCUGCAACAGAUCUGUACUACUACUGGCUGUGCACAAUAUCUGUCCCGGUGUUCUAUAACCUGAUGUUCCUGGUGGCCAGGGCUUGUUUCAAUGAACUGCAGUAUUCAAAUACAACACUGUGGCUGGUUUUGGACUACAUGUCAGAUGUCCUGUACUACAUGGACACAUUUGUGAGAGCCAGGACAGGUUUUCUUGAGCAAGGACUGCUUGUGAAGGAUGAUAAGGUCCUGAAAGAAAAGUACAUGAAGACACGACAGUUCAGAUUAGACGUCAUAUCAAUACUUCCCACGGAUAUUAUAUUCUUCCAAAUUGGAAUCAAUAACCCAGAGUGGAGGUUCAAUCGUCUCUUUAGGUUAGCUCGUCUCUUUGAGUUCUUUGACCGGACUGAAACUCGAACCAAUUUUCCAAACAUUUUCCGAAUUGGUAAUCUGGUACUUUACAUCAUUAUCAUUAUCCACUGGAAUGCUUGUUUGUACUUUGCUGUCUCAAAGGUUCUUGGCUUUGGUUCCGACACCUGGGUGUAUCCAAGCCUAGAUAAUCCUAAGUAUUCUCGCCUAGCCAGACAAUAUAUCUACUGUUUUUACUGGUCCACUCUGACCUUGACCACUAUUGGUGAGACUCCACCCCCAGUCCGAGACAUUGAAUACUUCUUUGUGGUAGUUGACUUCCUCACUGGAGUCCUGAUUUUUGCUACAAUUGUAGGUAAUGUCGGUGCGAUGAUAUCCAACAUGAAUGCCGCGCGUGUAGAGUUCCAGGCAAAAAUCGACUCUAUCAAGCAGUACAUGCAAUUUCGUAAGGUUACCAAAGACUUGGAGGUGAGAGUGGUGAAGUGGUUUGACUACCUGUGGACGGAGGAAAAAACCUGCGAUGAGAAGCAGGUGCUGAAGAAUCUGCCAGAUAAGCUGAAGGCUGAGAUUGCUAUUAAUGUGCAUCUGGAGACCCUGAGAAAAGUGCGCAUUUUUCAAGACUGCGAAGCAGGUUUGCUCGUUGAGUUGGUCCUGAAGCUCCAGCCUCAAGUAUUUAGUCCGGGUGACUACAUCUGUAAGAAGGGUGACAUUGGCAGGGAAAUGUACAUCAUCAAAGAAGGGAAGCUGGCUGUAGUAGCAGAUGAUGGAAUUACCCAGUUUGUGGUCCUAAGUGAUGGGGCAUAUUUUGGAGAAAUCAGCAUCCUUGGGAUCAAAGGCAGCAAGGCAGGAAACCGAAGAACAGCCAAUAUCCGAAGCGUGGGCUACUCCGAUCUGUUUGCUCUGUCCAAAGAUGAUCUGAUGGAAGCACUCAUAGAGUAUCCUGAUGCCAAAUACGCUCUGGAGGAGAAAGGAAGGGCCAUCCUGAUGAAAGAUAAUCUCAUAGAUGAGUCACUGGUCAAUGCUGCUGAUGCCAAAGACAUCGAGGACAAAGUCAACCAAGUCGAAGCCAAUUUGGAAAUCAUGACAGUCAAAUUCCGAAAGCUGAAGGAUCAGUAUGAAUCCUCCCAACGUAAACUCAAGCAGCGGCUUAGUAAUUUAUCAAAUCAGGUCCGAAGCCUCAGAGUAGACGAGUAGUUUCCUACUGCCAGGCUGCUGUCACACUUCCUCUUCCUAGGGAUGUAAAUGGCUUAUAACCCAAAGCUGGACACUGUCUCUAUUCAUUGUUUCAUCAUACAUAUACCUCAAAUAAUAAGGUCACUUAUUCACUUCCGUGAAUUCACUUUUGUUUCUGUAUCCAACAUACUCUAUAUUCUUUAUUCAGAACGCAGAAUUUCCAAAACAGCAAUAAAUGAAGUUGAAUAUA